AUGCCUCUAGGUGCUGCUGUCACCCUUCUGAUGGUGCCUCAGCUGCUGUGCCUGGGCAUAGGCACGUCUGGGGGCCCCAGGCUACCCACCCUCUGCCAGAGCUCUUUUCACCACAGCUGGAGGGGCCAGACCUUUGCCAAUUUGGUUCGGAGGCCUGUGUCUGUCCUCCCUUGCAGCUGCUGGUCAGCUAGCCACCACCCUCUCACUCCAUCUUCCACAGAUGCAGUGAGUUGGGCCCGAGGACGUCCCAGCCACCCCGACACGCCCCCCAACAUCUACGAGGGAGGGCUGGGGGCCCAGCAGCAGCAGUGCCUCAGUGCCCAGGGGAGCAAGCCCAAGAACUUCCGGCUGCGCCACCUCCGGGGCCUGGCGCUCUACCUGCCAGCCCACAUGCAGCCCGCUGGCCAGUGUGAGAGCCACUGGCUGGGUCGGCUCCUGGCCGGGGGCUGCCUCCCACGGCCUGAGGGCAUGACCUGGCCCCAAGACUGGCCACAGAGGACUCUGGGUCGAGGUAAUAGGCACUGCCUAGCCCUUCUGGAAGCCCGGCUGCCCAGGGACAGCCUGGGAAACACAGCCUCCAGCUCCAGCAUGGACCCGGCCAAGGGUGUCCCCUCCCAGCCUGGUCCCCCUGAGGGCUUAGGGCUCAGGCCAAAGAGGUCCCGGGGGGCCUUUGAGGAGUCCCCAUGUCCCUUGUGCAAGAGAACCCGCUCUAGGGUCCUGGAGAGGCCGUAGGGAUCCCGAGUGCAGGGCUGGUUCUCCCAACUCCAGGACAGGAGGGGCAAGCAUGGCGAGGUGGAGCCCCCACCAGAAACCCUCCUGCACCCCAGACAGCCCAGCCCCAGAGCCUGGGCGGCCUCAGGAGAGUGAGGGAGGAGGGAGGAGGAGGUCCUGCGGCAAAACAGAAGCAUGGGCCUGCCCUUGCAGGCUGCUCAAACUCACGUCAGCCACUGGUACCCGGGAGGUCAGGCCGCUUGGAGAAUCGGGCCUCCUAGUGGUCGGGGAGUCACAGGUCUAAGUCUCAAUAAAAGCCGCGGCCUACACCUCCUCGUCCCUCUGUUACCAGGUCAAUUCAGUUAGACAAACAGCCCACUGGCCCCUGCUUUCUGAGAGCCAGGUUCAGUGUCCAAUCUGGGAAAGGGUCCACAGCAUUCCCUGCCCUUGACUGUUGGCACAGAGACAAAGCUGGGAGUCACAUCCAGGGCAGAGGGGCACCUGGAUGCUGGUGGAGCAUCACAGAAGAGGGACUCAGGGAAGACUUCCUGGAGGAGGCACUUCCAAGCUUGGCUCUAAAGGAUGGGCAGGGUCUCAGCAGCCCCAAGCUCAGGGCAUGGCAGUCCUGGCAGAGUGGCCGAGAGAACAAAGGGGCCGGUUUUAGGGAGGAAAGUAGUUUCCAAACCUGGGCAGACGUCCUGCCUUGGCCCCCACAAUGCCCCUCACCAUGGGCUUGGGUAAGUUCGCUGCUCUCUGGGGACCCAUGCUCCCCUGUCCCUAGGUAGGACCUGCACAGCCCUUCUCCCCAGGUGAGCUGACUCCAGGCACAAGGGCCUGGGCUCCCAGUGUUCCAGAGUGUUUCAGCUUCAGCGCUGUUGACAUUAGGGUCAGGUCAUUCUCUGCUGUGGGGGGGCUGUCCUGUGCAUUGCAGGAUGUUGAGUAGCAUCCCUGGCUUCCACCCACCAGAUGCCAGUAGCACCCCUUUCCCCAGGCAUGACAACUAAAGAUGUCUCCAGAUAUUGCUCAGUGUCUCCUGGAAGGAAAUUGUCUGGGGUGAGAUCAAUGCCUUAUACACUGGGCCUCAGCCUAAGGAGGUCCCUGUGAAGCCAGAAAAGAAUGGAAGACCCAGACUAGCCACAGUGACCCUUGGCCAUCUGGCUGACCUUCUGCUCCAGUAGCCUGGGUCAUGUUAGGGCCAAGACCACAUGUGAUGGUGUUGAGGACACCUCUGGACACAGGACAGCUGGGUUCC